CGCGACUCACACGGGUCGGCCUGUCGUAACGACAUGCCGAUUUCCAUACAUUGUACAACAUGUUCGGUGAUUGUAACGAAUAUCGACAAAUCGAUUUGUUGCCACUCACACGAUUCGAUCUGCCGAUUGGGUGUCGAUCUCAUGAUAUCUCACGAUAAUUUGUUUCCAUGGUAUCAAAAUGUCUGAAGCAGACGUGGCAGCAGUCAUCUGCUGCGCGAUAUUGUGUGAAGAAGACGGCAAUGCCAACGUGAAGAAAGAGAGAAGUUGUUGGACUAAAGAUUGGAUUCUCCGUCGCGACAUGCAGGGAGCGUACAACAAUCUGAUAAAAGAACUCGAAAUUGAGGAUGAACAGUCGUAUUACAAUUUUUUUCGCAUGGGAAAAGAAAGUUUUAACCAUCUGUUAUUAAAAGUCCAGCCAAAGAUAAAAAAGCAGGACACUAACAUGCGGGAAUGCCUUCCAGCCGGAUUGAAGUUGGCAGUUACACUUCGUUUCCUGUCUAGCGGUGACAACUUCCAGUCUCUGUCUUACCUGUACAGAGUGCCAUCCAACACCAUAUGCACAUUCGUCCCAGAGGUCUGUCAAGGCAUUUAUGAAGCCCUCCAGCCAGAGUAUGCCAAGGUGCCAAGCACUCAAGAUGAAUGGAAAAGCAUCGUGACUGACUUUGAAGACAAGUGGCAAUUUCCAAACUGUUUUGGUGCCAUGGAUGGGAAACAUUUUGCAGUGACUGCUCCCGCUCAUAGUGGUUCCCAAUUUUACAACUACAAGGGCUAUUUCAGCAUUAUAAUGCUUGCUCUAGUUGAUGCCAACUAUAAAUUUACAUUUGUAGAUGUCGGUGCCAAUGGGAGAGCUGGAGAUGCAGGGAUCUUUGCAAAUUCAGAUCUGUUGAGGUGUAUUGAGGCUAAUACAGUUAAUAUACCAUCACCAAAGCCUCUUCCAGGAAGACAAGAGGACACACCACAUGUUAUUGUGGGUGAUGAAGCUUUUCCACUGAAAACAUAUCUUAUGAAGCCAUUUCCCCAACGUGACCUACCAGAACACAAAAGAAUCUUCAAUUACAGGUUGUCCAGAGCAAGGAGAGUGUCUGAAAAUGCCUUUGGCAUUCUCAUCACCAGAUUCCAGGUAUUUCAGAAGCCAAUGAGACAAAAACCUGACAAUGCUGUCAAAACUAUUAUGGCUGCAGUGGUCUUACACAAUUUCCUGCGUACCAAGAAAGAUCGAGUUUACAGUACACACUCUGAUGUUGAACCUGACACCACACAAGUUAGUCACGCAAUGCGUCUAUCAAGACAAGGGGGCAACUUUUCCUCAUCAUCAGCCAGAGAUGUCAGGGAUGAAUUUACUGACUAUUUCAUGACAAAUGGACAAGUUGACUGGCAAUGGGACAAAAUUUAACCUUGUAUGGCACAGUGAGCUGUGUCAGUAUGGGACACACUGAGCCUAUGUCAGUAUGGUAAAUUGACCUGUGUCAGUAUGGUGCAUUUAGCUUUGCCAGUGAGUAGAUGUGCAAUCAAGAAUGUGGUAUGUAGCUGAGUCUACAUAAUGAUAAUUGUAAAUAACCACCUUUGUGUAAAUUGUGGAAGCAAAUAAACAAUACUGUAAU